AUGGCGGACCAGGAGGAGUUGGACCGCCUGGAGCAACUCAGACUGUAUGAUCCGAAUGCUGGCCAGGGCCUCGCGGGCGAUCAAUCGUCUCACGAAGAGGCGGACCUCCAAAAUGACCCAGCAGAUGGCCAGUACCCUGCGGAGCCAGAUUUCAUGCAUGGACACCAUACCUACGGCACGCCGCCGGCCUACAACUUUGAAGACGCGGAAAACUGGGUUGAGCAGAAUGUUUCUGGCCUCGAUCGCGUCGCCGAAAGUCAGAGCCUGAACGACUCUCCUGCGCCUUUCCCAGGCUUUCCGUCUCAACAGCAUAGUUCGGGAGCAGGUCAGAGCUACGGUUCGUCGAACACCAACCAGACAGAAUCCGCUCAAGGUAUGGCGCCCGAGGCUGAUAUGGACGCGGGCUUUGACUGGGACAACAUCGCACAACUCAACCAGUCUAGCCUCUAUGGGGGCUUGGCUCCGAUGGCUCAAAUGAGUUACGAAUCCAACCCGUUUCCUCCAGAGCAACAAUCCUCCGGCAGCUAUCAACCUCAGCCUGCAGAAAACGCCUUCUUCGCUCAAGACCCGGGCAACAUCUCGCACUCGAACCAACUGAUACUGGAUCCUGCGCUCGGUGGUGAGAACCCCUCUCAGAAUGACGCCGCUGGUUCAUCUGGGAUUGUGACUCCAAUUGCCCAAAGGGGUGGUGGAAUCAACAUGUUCUCUACACAGCAGCAACCUUUCGGCAACCAUCAAUAUCAGCGCCCGCUCGUUUCCUACACAUUGUCUCAACGCUUUAGUGGCAAUUCAGUCUCCAGUCCAGAGCUUCAGAAUUCUCCUCAGAAUCCUCCUCAGAAUGGCCGGUUCAUUGAUCCUCAUGGCAAUGCAGAAUUCGGUAGCCUGCAACGUUAUGACCAGCAACACCCAGGCCCAGAACCGCACCUUGGCUACUCGCAGAUGGCAGGCGACCCUGCAGCUGCACAGAACAAUCAUUUUCCCGGCCAACCCAUUGGCGAGAAAGCUGUCAAUUCUCCUCCUGCCGCCGUACCCCAUCAGCUUCAGAAUCCCCAGCCCGCUGGCCCAACUCCUCGUGCCAGAGCUCGAGCGCGUCGCAGACGCCAAGAAGUACCCAGCGCCGAGCAAGCCGGCUCGCCGCCUCGACCCCAGAAUGACCAACACCUGUUCGUCAUUCAUCAUCAUACUGACCAUGACCGCACGAUCGCCAACCAGCUCAGCCGAGUAGCUGACAUUCAGAGCCUGCUCGGAGCCCAUGCCCAGCCCGGAAAAGACAUCAACAUGCUGGCAAUUUUCUCAACGCCCGAAAAGCUCCUGGAUGUUAUCAUCGAUGCUUUCGUGAUGGAGAACAUUCAGGUGCCAGCUCCAGGCUCAGUGCCGCAACAGUUUGGUCUCCAUGCAAACCGCCGCGAGGGUGCUAUUCUUGAUGAGCGAGCUGUUCACAAGCCGCGGGAUGCCUUCCCGAUUAUCUAUCACAACGCAAGCAACCUUGGGUUUGCACAGGUUGUCGAGCAGGGUGGCGUCUCUUUCAGGAUUGCAACGAUGUGCUCUGGCACAGACGGUCCAAUCUUGGCUCUGCGCGAAUUGGCCGAAGCGGCCACUGGCGAUGGGCACCCGGGUGCUCUUAAGUACGACCAUGUCUUCAGUGUCGAGAUCGAUCCCGUGAAGCAGGGAUGGAUUGCAAGAAAUGCUCACCCCUCCGGACACAUCUUUCGAAACGUCGCCGAUCUCGGAAGGCCUGGCGCAUAUGAAGCUAUGUCGGUAACCGGUGCCAUGGAAAAGAUCCCGAAGGAAGUCGACAUCCUGAUCGCCGGCAGUUCCUGCGUAGACUUUUCAAGUCUUAACAUUCGGCGUGAGGACAGGAAGAAGGCAUCUGGUCUCCAGAAGCUCUUUGACCAAUUCCAGGAAAGAGGCGUCAGCGAUGUUCUCAGCCAAGACGAUCCUGUCGCCGAAGAAGUUGUCGAGGGCCUCGAGGCGCUGUUUAACAAGAUCGAAGAAGAAAAAGGAGAGUCGACUAAGACAUUCCUGUCUAUCCUGCUCUACGCCCUCCAGCACCGUCCCAAGAUUCUCAUUCUAGAGAACGUCACCAAGGCUCCUUGGGAUCAGUUCAAAGGGUUCUGGCUUCCCGCCAUCGGAUACAGUGCCGCCGUGGCCCAAGUGGACUCCAAGAAUUUCCUCGUGCCGCAAACGAGACAGAGAAAGUACCUGGUGGCCGUCGACGCCAGACGAUACGGACAGAACGCCUCGGAGAUUGUCGAGUCGUGGGCCGAGCUCAUGAAACCGUCGCAUUGGUUCAGGAACCCGCCGGACCUGGAAGGGUUCCUGCUCCCGCCGUCCGAUAAGCGCACGCUGAACAGCAGGUUCCAGCUGGAGAGGACUAUGCUUUCCAAGCCCAAGAAGGACGUCGAAGCCGUCGUGUGCCAGAACGAUCACCGCCUUGCGCGGCGGAAGGAGGGGCUCGGUAACGGCCAGCCUUACACGCGACUCGACGAUCGUGGUAACGUACAGCCUCGCGAAGAGUCGUGGGGCAACUACAUUCGCCUGAUUACGCCACGGAUGCAGGACCUGCUGGACAUCAGUUCUCUGAGGGCCUUCGUGAAGAAUUUCGACUUCACCUACAAGCUCGUCAUGCUCGACCUGGGACAGAACGUGGACCGUCAGAGCAUCAAAAUCGGUACCAUCCCUUGCAUCAUCCCAACCAACGAAUCCUUCUCGACGUACCACGGUCGUCCCAUCUUGGGGAUCGAGUGCCUUGCCCUUCAAGGCAUCCCAAUCGAUCGGGUGUCCAUCUCGGUGGAGAAGGAGGCCCAGCUGAAGGAUCUGGCCGGCAAUGCGAUGACGACGACGGUGGCGGGGGCGGCAAUCCUGUGCGCCAUCGCCUGCGAGAGGAAAUUCGUCCUCGAGGCCCUCGAGUCGUCGUCGGUGUACAUUGCCGGCCUUCCCACGGCAGCCCCAAUCGCCGGCCCUGCUUCCUUCCUUUUCGGCCUGCGUCACGUGGCCGACGAGGCGGGCGGCGCUGUGGCCACUGUGGGCUCUGCGGGCUCUGCGGGCUCUGCGCACCUUCUCCCUCCUGCCACCUCAUCUUUCGUCUCGCCUCCCGUCGACAAUCCCAUCGAUAAUCCCGUCAACGAGGCAAAGAUGAGUUGGCAGGACGUCGAGCCCGAGGUCAUCCCGGGCGAGCUGGCCGUGGGAUCUCUCACGGACCUUUGUCGCAAGGGUCGUCGCAACUGUCUCUGCGACGACUUCCGCAAGCACCAGCACACCGGAACCCACUGGCGCUGCGACGAUUGCGACGAGGUCCGCUGUGAGUCCUGCGCCGGCAACCCCGAUCACAACUUUGACAAGGAUCGCCCCGUCGACGUCACCUGCGCAAUCGACAAGAGCGCCGCUUACGAGCUUGCGGCUGCCGCCCUCCCAGGUCAUCUGGUUGUCAAUUGGUUUGAUCCCAACAUCGAUGUCCUCGACGGCCUUAGCGACGAAAUCUUCGGUCGGCACCGCGCCGCUCUGCAAGUGGCCAUCAGAGCCUGUUGCAGCUCCAAGAACUACUACCAGACCAGCCUCAAGUUCAGAGACGAUCUCACCGUGACUUACGAGUCCGAGUUUUCCUACAUCACCGUGGUUGUCACCGAGAAGGGCCUCACUUGGAACGUUCACCUGAGACAAACCUACCUCGAAAUUGGCCAUCUCUCCAUGGAACCCAACGAGGCGACCCAGAACGCAGCUCUCCUGCUCAACUCGCUGGGAUACGACGUCAGCAAGCCUCUCCUGAGGGCCGUCAUUUCGGACCCCGACAUCCUCCAGACGCCCAUGCGAUUCGUCUCGGACUCUGGUCCCUCGGACGGUAUGCGCCAGCAGAUGCUCGACGUGCCCGAUUACCCUCAGCUGCAAUAUCAGAUUGCCGACGACAUCGAUGGAGACUUUCGCCACACUAAAUCGUGCGGCACCCCCUUCGGCCUUCUGUACACUCGCAAGGACGGUGGCCGCAGCCAUGUCUACCACAUGUUGCACGCCAACCGCACUACACCUGCCGAGGACGACCGAUGGGUGUUGACCAAGAACCCUCGAAAGCUUGAACCAGAUCAGUCGCGAGACAUCAUUUGCAACUUCGCGCAAGACUACGUCCACUUCCUGGGUGGUGAGAAUCCCGACUCGCCCCGACGAGUAUCAGCCACGGUCCCUGGUGUGUGGAAGUUUUUGCAGCCUGAAUACCACCUCGCCGUCGCAGAGCGUCACUCAGCUCUUACGGUCCGAUUCUGCAACCCGAUCGAGCAGGCUGCUGACUCCGACAACUGCCAAUCUACGCUGCCGUCCGUUCUGGUCAGAAUGGAAAACACCCAUAUGCACUAUCCUGUCAGAUCGCUUCCCGUGCAAUGGGCCGCUCCCGCACAUCCCAUCGAUGCCAACCACGAACCCUGGGUGUCGGUCGCGCCUCAUGAAGCCAAGGACGCCCUGGCGUUGUUCUCUCCCGCCCUGAACAAGAUCAAGGACACCUCCCAGGUUUUUCACCAGGCCCGUUGCCUCGCCGCGAACAACAUCCCUCUCGACGUAGAAGCAGCGCGUUGCGAUUGCUUGCCCGAGCCCGCCAAGGUUCUCCACCGUUGGGACGAGAAUGGCAGCAUCGAACGUAUCGAAGACCAGCAGACUGCCGCGCGGACAGACCGAGACUUACAGCAGAGGCCGGUCCCCUAUAAGAUCCAAGCCUACAUGAACCCGGACGUGGGCGGCUCCGGCCGACUAAGUAUCCUCAAUUUCAGACUCCUUCUGAGUCCGAAGGUGCUUGCGCACCGAGGCCUUGCACACUUCCCCCCAAGAAACGAUGCCAUGUCCGCUCUUGUCCGCUCGCCUCGAGGAUCCGGCACCUUCGAUGUCCAGUUUGAGUUUGUGGAUCCGAGCUUGAAGGAGCUGCGGCCAUUGAAGGAGAGCAUGCUACCGGUCAAGAGAGGCGACUUUCCUUUGGAUAACCCGAAACAGCCCCCCAACUUUGCUCGCAACCAAAUGAACUUGCGACGUGACCAAUGGGAGGCUGUCCAGUGGAUGUUGAAGCGGGAACACGCCGUCGAUCCAUUCCUGGAGAAGGAGUUCGAAGAAUGUCUUCUACCGUCGGUCAAUGUGCGUCUAUGGGGCACGGCAACACUGGAGAAUCUCUCCCAUUGUGGCGUUCUAGCGCAUGACAUCGGCUAUGGCAAGACAGUCGUCACGCUCGGCCUUGUUGAUUUCUCCACCGCCGAUGCAGCCAACGAGGCCAAAUCCAUCGACGAGCGUGCUGCUCACUUGGGUGCCAACUGCCUUAUCCACCUCAAGGCUACCUUGGUCAUCGUUCCGCCUCACAUCGUGGGUCAGUGGGCCAACGAGGCUGCGAGAUUCGUCGGGCGUGAUUCGAGAGGCCACGGAAGCGGCUUGCUCACCGUACACAUCAUCACCAAGCCCACCGAUAUCGUGCGGGAGAAGAUGAUUGUGGCAGACAUCAUCAUUGUCAGCACUACCUUCGUCUCCUCAGACAAGAACCUGGAGAAGCUUGCAGCGGUGUCUAAGCUCCCGCCUAUUCACCACAGGAAAUCCGCGUUGAAGGGACAGGACCACCGCGACUGGUACUCCGAAGCCACCGAGACCAUCCGUCAGUCGGGUUUCGACUUUCUCAACCCAGACAGCAUGGACAUCACGCAGCUUGAUACCGUUUUGCAAAACCGACGUAAUGGUACAAACGACUGGAUUCAGAUGAUCGAGGACAACAACGUGGGACCCAGCGACCGGAAGACUCAGACGACAAGCGCCAAGAAGAGGGCAGGAGCCUCGAAACCCAGCUCCAAGGCCAAGGUUGUUACUGCAAUCGACGUGCUGGAAGCGUUCAAGAAGGGCCAGCUUCUGGAGAUGUAUACCUUCCAGCGGGCUGUCUUGGACGAGUUCUCGUACGAAAAUACGCCCGUCGCCGUGUUUCUGGAAAAGGUCGUUGCCUCCGCCAAGUGGAUUCUUUCCGGAACACCCCCUACGGUCGAUCUUGGCCGAAUUUGCGACAUUGGGACGUUGCUGAAUGUCCACGUUGCUCGUGCUGCACCCUCGAUGCCGGGAUAUUUUCCAAACGUCACAAUGGGGCCAAGAAUCUCGGAGCAGACCGAUGCCGAGAAGUACCGCAGCUAUGCUGAGCCCUUAUCUGCGAAGCUGGCUGUCGAGCGUCACGAGCAGGCAAAGAGUUUUAUCUUGCACCACUUCCGCAAGAACAAGACGGACGUGGACAAUGUGCAAGUCGAAGAGUUGUUGUGCUUUACCCCGAUGCAGCCUCUGGAGGCCACCAUCUACAACCUGGUACAGCAGGGUCUCUACGACGCCAAGUUCGACAUACACGGUAUACCAAGCCAACUUUCGCUACUGGUACAUGCCCUUUUGGCCGAUGAAAAGUUGGCCAGUACCGGAUCAAAGGUCAAGGCUUCGGGAAAGUCCGUGUGGGCCGAAGCCAUCGAAGCCCUGCUUCUGCUUGCGUCCGUUCCCUCCUGGAGCAAUCGCCAGGGAUUCAUCAACAUGAGUUGGAUCAAGGAUGGACAAAUACUAUCUUUCCGCUCAAUCAGUCGAUACUUGGCCUAUGGAUCUGCCAUGUUCUUGGAACACUGCUCGUCCGCGAUUUCAUCGCUCUUUGACCAGAUGAUGUACCUCGCCAACGUUCUUGAGAACGAUGAGACUCCACGCAGCAGCACUUUGAAGGCCAAAAAAGCGGCAUACAUGGGCCACAUGCACGACAUCAUUGAUAUUUUCAAACACGAAAAGGCGGAAAUCGCCGGCGACCGGCAGCUCAUCAUUUUCCUCAGGGAGGCAAUCAUCAACAAGACGUGGGUCACGGGCAGGAAGCCAUAUCAAGAAAAGGAGGGACGUGACCUUUGGGACAUCAAGACCUGGUCAAUGGAGGGCGGCGGUGGUCCUGGAUCGUUUACUGCUGCCAAUUGGUGGAUUUUUGAAGAAGGCAUGGAAAUUUCAGAUGAGGAGCUUUCGGUGUUGAAGGCGCGCUGGCAUCGACCCGACAUCGACGGACCAGCCGACACCAGGGAGGAAAUCAUCCAGAUGAUUCGAGCUAAGCAACUUAACCCCGUGCAUCCGCUCCACGAUGCGCUGCCAUACACUAUGGGACUAAAGCAUCAUACCCAUCUCGAAGACGACUUUCUUUUUGCGGAUCGGUUCGACAAGCACGUCGCUGGGAAACUGACAAAGGAUGACUUCGAAUUCGGUAUCCAGCUACCGAAGGACCGACCCCACAAAGGACGAAUGAUCAGACCCAGAGGACAACCGAUCGACGAGGUCCUGAACUGCUUCAUGCUGGUCAUUCAGAGCAUUCAAGCCGGCAUCAAGACCGCGGCAACAGCCUGGCGGAACCAAAUGUUCAUCCUCAAGGCGGACUGCCUGCAGAACCACAAUUUCGACGCCCACAACAGCCUCCCGAUCCGGUGCUCCCAGUGCCAUAAGACGACCGACCGGGGUCUUCAGUCGAUCGCAUGUGGUCACACGCUGUGUUACGAUUGCCAUCUUGCUUUCACGGAGAGCCAACAUCGUACGUGCCCAACAAAAGGAUGCCAGGCAACGAGCCAGGGGUCUUUCAUGCCUUGGGACACCUUCUUCAAGGAGAAUGAUGCCGACGGGGUCGACGAGUUCGACGCAGACGUGUCGGGCCUGUCUGGGUCGAAGAUGCUCGAAAUCGAGAAAAUCAUUCUCACAGACCUCGAGGAUGACGAGAAGGCCAUCGUCUUUGCGCCUUAUUCCCGGGUCAAAGAGGCGAUUCGCGUUCAUUUGUUUCGAAGCAUCGGGGAUGACGUCGCGGUCUACGUGACAAAUGGCAGUGAAAUGGACUCUGAGAUCAUUGAGGAUUUCAAGAGCUUCCCAGGAAAGGCUGUGCUGGUACAGAACCUCAUGUCUUCCGAAUCGGCGGGCACGAACCUAACCGAGGCCAACCACGUCAUUUUCGCCGGCGUCUUGUUCACGGACUCUGACAACUACACAAUGUACAUGGACCAGGCCAAGGGUCGUGUCAUCCGACAAGGCCAGACUCGCAAGGUGACGAUCUACCACCUCGUGUCGCCCGCCACCUUGGAGUUUGACAUGUUCAAUCAGAGACAGGGCGGCCGCAUCCGCGGCUCGGGCGAUCUCGAUGGUCGCAUUCGCCUUCCAGUCAGCGAAAAAGCCACGGUUGACCCGGCCUACCCACUUCGAUAUCGCUCCUAUCUAGAGAGUUCGGCAGUCGAGAAGCUUCUCCGAUCCGUCGAGUUCGUCGAGUUCGAGGGCUGA